CCAAUUUACGCUCAUCGCUUUGUAUCUUGGUUCCUUUCAUUUUUUUUCUUUCAAUCUCAAUUUCUAAACCAUCACAAAUCCUUCCUCCCUCGCUCCUGAGUAUUUUGGUGGUGUUAUUGAGAGAGAGAUCAUAAUGUCUAGCGUAGAGGAUUUGAAAGCUAAUGAAGAAGAAAAGUCAAUGCCAUCACCGCAGCAGGAGGAGGCUGCUGUGAAGAACAAGUAUGGAGGGCUCAUGCCAAAGAAACCACCUCUCAUUUCCAAGGUAGGUUAUAUAAUUUAUCUAUGUCUAAAGAGAUUUGUUUUGUGUGUGUUUCUGAUGAGGUGUGUGGUUUUUUACUUAUAUCAGGAUCAUGAGCGAGCAUACUUCGACUCAGCUGAUUGGGCUCUUGGAAAGCAAGGUGUUGCCAAGCCGAAGGGACCUCUUGAAGCUCUUCGUCCCAAGUUACAGCCAACGCAGCAACAGACGCGUUACAGGAAGUCUCCAUGUGCUCCAUCCGAAGGCGGUCAAGAUGGGGGAGGAGCUUCUCAGACCGAGGGAGUUUCCGGCAACGAGGAGUAGAGAGAUAUGUAAAAACUUUGUUAUAUUCAGAUAUAUUAUCUGUCCAUUUGAAACAAUCAGAUACUGUUUCCAUUAUAUAUCUUAACUUGAUCCUA